AUGCCAAGACUUUCCGCGCUGUAUCUGUCGUACAACGUAAUAGACAGGAUCGACGAUGAUGCUUUGAUGCUGGCAAAAUAUAUUAAGAGGUUGACAAUCAACGGUAAUAAACCCUUGCAACGAUUGAACCUUACAUCGACAUCACUGGUAGAUCUCAACGCUGCAGAAUGUAGUUUGAAUGGCACGCUGGAUACAUCUCACUUACCGAUGCUGGAAUCUAUCAACGUGAGAAAUAAUAGGAUUGCUCGGAUAAAUGAGGAUGGAUUUCAGCAGAAUCCAGAUAUAAAAAUUAUCUUGCUGGACGAUAAUUCAAUCGAAAAGGUCCCCACAAUACUACUAGGACUUCCUAUGAACAGGUUGGAGCAGCUAUGCAUGGACAGGAAUCCACUUCAACCGUGUGAUCAAACUGAUUAUGAAAUAAGAGGACUCCGCCGAAGUUGUUUGGAUGAUGAUAAUCCUUUGCAUGAGUUUGAAAACUAUCUACCGACUACUACUGGAAAAGCAGUAUAUAAGAAAACUCCCAUCCAUCUUCGUAGUAGUGAUGGAUUAACAGUAGACCUAUCGAAUAGAGAAAUUGUAUACAUAGAACCAGAUUACCUAGUAGAUGAUAGAAAUGUGACGAAUGUUUUAUUUGAUGAUAACCGUUCGUUUGAAUUUCAACAGGAUACGAUAUUUCUUAGAAGUUCUUCUGUUGAACUAAUAUCUUUAAAGAAUUGUUCAAUCACAACAUUAUACGAGGCUACAUUCAAAGAACUACCAAAUCUAGAAACCCUGCAUCUGCAGGGCAACCAAGUUCAAUCCAUUCAUUCCCAUUUAUUGUUCAAAAAUAACCCAACCUUAACAUUUCUGAGCCUCUCACACAACAAUCUUGAAUUGAUCGUUGCAAAUGCAUUUCAAAACCAUUCCCAGUUAGAAGUCCUCCACUUAGACUGGAACGGCCAUCUAUCAAAUAGCGCCCAUGGUCCAUUCCUUCUGAGCACAUCACUAAGGAAGCUCAGCUGCAGACACUGCCGGUUUGUACGGCUUGACAAUAUGACCCUGACAGGAUUACCAAAUCUGAUAGAACUAAACCUAGAACACAAUCACAUAGAACUAUUGGAAGCUGAUGCCCUUCAGUGGACCACUGAACUAAAGUACCUUAAUCUACGACAUAACCGGCUGGUGGUUUUUAAACCGAACGUCAACCAGCUAAACCAUAUGAAGACACUUUGUCUAGCUGGUAAUCCACAGUUUGACUUGGAACAAUUGCUGUUGCAUGACAUUCCGAAGAUUAAGCAGCUGAACAAAGAUUGCCAAGACGAACAAUUUUCCAACAACUUGGUCGAACGGUACAAAUUAAUAAAAGAAGCAAAACAUGGAACCAUGGAGUUGCUACAAAAAAUUUAA